AAUCCGAGUUCUGCCGAUAUACAUUCGGUCGAUUGGAUCGGAAGAGAAGGCUAGAGGCAGGCUGUCAUCCCAACUGGAUGUAGCAUCCUUUCCCCAGUUUUGAGAGGAAGAAUCGGUGGGCGAUUUGAGAUAAAAUGCCGUCGCUUUUAUUCUGUGGGCCCAAGUUGGCCGCCUGUGGAAUCGUGUUAAGCAUCUGGGGUGUCAUCAUGCUGUCAAUGUUGGGAAUUUUCUUCAGUGCAAAAUCUGCCGUGCUGAUUGAAGAUGUUCCUUUUACUGAGGAAGACAUCCGUGAUGACAAGAAUCCACCGCAGAACAUUUACAGUCUCUACAACCAAGUUGGCAUCAACUGCUUCAUUGCUGCUGCCAUCUACGUAGGGGUCGGCGCGGUGUCUCUCUGUCAGGUUCGCCUUAACAAGCGCCAGGAGUACAUGGUCACAUAAACCUGAGCGAUUUCAAAUUCAACAGCAAUUAUUCCUAAUUUAUUUUUAAAAACUUCUCAACAGGACAGUUUGUCAUUACAUUGUCUAAAAUUUGUCUAUAUUUGGCAGUUCAUCUUCAAGUCAAAAUCUCUAAACUAGAUACUAGAUACUGUAAUGAAUACAAAGUGAAAUCAUGUAAAACAGUAUAUAUGCACAUAUACAUGCGGUGUGCAUAUAUAUGCAUGUUGUGUGUUAUAUUUGCCUCCACAUUCCCUAUGAUAUAAGUAAACAAAAAGUUUUUAAUAGUUGUCUUCAAAUGAAUAACCUAAAAGACACUGUAAAACACUAUGGGUGUGAAUGACAGUAGCUGGUGUUUAUGUAAAAUGUGUGUAUGGUGGACAUUUUUGAUUUUCAAUACUUAAAUGUUUGUGUGGUAAUAUAAAUGUCUUAUUUUAUUGAAGUAAACCGCAACCCUUGUGCUGUAUACUUGAUAUUAUCACAACAGUGAUGAACAACGCAAGAUAUGUAAUUGGAGAGUCUUAUGUUCCCUUCAAUAAAAUACUAGUGAAAAAAAUA